GUUGUUCCGAGCUUGCGAACAAAACAAUUAACUCAAGAAAAAGUUAAAUUUCAAGUGAACAAGAAGAGAUAAAUAAAUAUUUAUUAAUUUUAUUUAAAAGUAAUAAUAAACAAAUAUGAGGGAAAUCGUACACAUCCAAGCCGGACAAUGCGGAAAUCAAAUUGGCGCCAAGUUCUGGGAGAUCAUCUCCGAUGAACAUGGUAUCGACCCAACUGGUGCCUACCACGGAGACUCCGAUCUUCAAUUGGAACGUAUUAAUGUUUACUACAAUGAAGCAUCCGGUGGUAAAUACGUUCCUCGUGCGAUUUUAGUAGAUUUGGAACCAGGAACUAUGGAUUCUGUUCGUUCUGGACCAUUUGGACAAAUCUUUAGACCAGAUAAUUUUGUUUUUGGGCAAAGUGGAGCGGGAAAUAACUGGGCCAAGGGACACUAUACCGAAGGAGCUGAACUUGUUGACUCUGUUUUAGAUGUAGUUCGUAAGGAAGCCGAAUCAUGUGACUGCUUACAAGGAUUUCAGUUAACUCAUUCCUUGGGAGGAGGUACCGGAUCUGGCAUGGGCACACUCUUAAUCUCAAAAAUUCGUGAAGAAUACCCAGAUAGGAUAAUGAACACAUACUCAGUAGUGCCAUCACCUAAAGUAUCAGACACAGUGGUAGAACCUUACAAUGCAACUUUAUCCGUACAUCAGUUGGUAGAAAAUACAGAUGAGACCUAUUGUAUUGACAAUGAAGCUUUAUAUGAUAUUUGCUUCAGGACUUUAAAACUAACCACACCCACUUAUGGAGAUUUAAAUCACUUAGUUUCCUUAACAAUGUCUGGAGUCACCACCUGCCUUCGUUUCCCUGGUCAAUUAAAUGCUGAUCUGAGAAAAUUGGCAGUAAAUAUGGUACCGUUCCCACGUCUCCACUUCUUUAUGCCAGGUUUCGCACCCCUCACAUCCAGGGGAAGUCAACAAUACAGAGCCCUCACAGUCCCAGAACUCACCCAACAAAUGUUUGAUGCCAAAAACAUGAUGGCCGCAUGUGAUCCUCGACAUGGACGCUACUUGACAGUAGCAGCCGUCUUCAGAGGACGCAUGUCCAUGAAGGAAGUAGAUGAGCAGAUGUUAAAUAUCCAAAACAAGAACAGCAGCUACUUCGUAGAAUGGAUUCCAAACAAUGUCAAGACAGCCGUUUGUGAUAUUCCGCCCAGAGGUCUAAAAAUGGCUGCUACUUUUAUUGGUAACUCCACUGCCAUCCAAGAACUGUUCAAACGUAUCUCAGAACAAUUCACUGCUAUGUUCAGAAGAAAGGCUUUCUUGCAUUGGUAUACUGGCGAAGGUAUGGAUGAAAUGGAAUUCACUGAAGCCGAGAGCAACAUGAAUGAUUUGGUCUCAGAAUACCAGCAAUACCAAGAAGCCACUGCUGAUGAAGAUGCCGAAUUUGAUGAGGAGCAAGAAGCUGAUGUCGACGAAAACUAAAUUGUUUUUCACUUAAAUUUUUCACUUGUGUUCUGA